GGAGGGUCUAUCUGCCUGACUCUCCUUCCCUCUGCAGAGUUUCUCUUCUCACACCACAUCAGUGCUACAGUGUGAACAUGUCUGUCAGAGCCAUGAAGACCACCACCUUCUCCACUGUGUCGUCCUCCAGGGGCCCAUCCCAGGGCUUCAGCAGCCGCUCCUUCUCCGGCUACGGUGGUCGUGGUGUGGGGAGUGGCAGGCAGAGCUAUGCUGUCCGCAGCUCCUACGGGGGAGUAGGCAGCAGUGGUGCUGCUAUGGGUGCUGGGGGGUUUAAAGUGGUCGGUGGGUAUGUUGCUGGGGGGUCUGGACAAAGAGGAGGUGGAGUAGAGUUUGGCUAUCUGGGCUUCGGUGGAGGUGUGGGAGGUGGCAUGGCCAAUGAAGUGGUGGCCCCCAUCACAGCAGUGACUGUGAACAAGAGCCUGCUGGCCCCCCUGAACCUGGAGAUUGACCCCAGCAUCCAGGUGAUCCGCACCCAGGAGAAGGAGCAGAUCAAAACCCUGAACAACCGCUUUGCAUCCUUCAUUGACAAGGUACGCUUCCUGGAACAGCAGAACAAAAUGCUUGAGACCAAGUGGAAACUUCUGCAGGAACAGACCACGUCUCACUCCAACGUUGAUGCCAUGUUUGAAGCCUACAUUGCAAACUUGCGUAAGCAGCUAGACAACUUGGGUCACGAAAAAGUCAAACUAGAGUCCGACCUGUAUCACAUGACAGGCCUGGUUGAGGACUUCAAAAACAAGUAUGAGGAUGAGAUCAACAAGCGCAAUGAGUGUGAGAACAACUUCGUCCUCACAAAGAAGGACACUGAUGCAGCCUAUAUGGCCAAAGUGGAGCUGGAAGCCAAACUGGAUGGGCUCUCUGAUGAGAUUGAGUUCCUGAGGCAGAUUUAUGAUGCAGAAAUCCAUGAGCUGCAGGGCCAGAUCAAGGACACAUCCGUUGUGGUGGAGAUGGAUAACAGCCGUAACCUUGACAUGGACGCCAUCGUCGCUGAAGUGCGUGCCCAGUAUGAAGACAUUGCCAACCGUAGCAGAGCUGAGGCUGAGUCAUGGUACCAGACUAAGUAUGCAGAGAUGCAGCAGUCAGCAGGUAGAUAUGGUGACGACCUGAAGUCAACCAAGGCUGAGAUCGCUGACAUGAACCGCAGGAUAAUGAGGCUCCAGUCUGAAAUUGAUAUGGUUAAAUCACAGCGAAACAGUUUGGAAGCUCAAAUCGCAGAGGCUGAGGAGCGUGGUGAGCUGGCAGUGAAGGACGCUAAACUCCGCAUCAGAGACCUGGAGGAAGCUCUCCAGAGAGCCAAGCAGGACAUGGCCAUGCAAGUCCGCCAAUACCAGGAACUGAUGAAUGUGAAGCUGGCUCUGGACAUUGAGAUCGCCACCUACAGGAAACUGCUGGAAGGAGAGGAGACCAGGUUAACAACUGGAAUCAAGACCACUGUAUCCAAGCAGACUUCCAUGAACUACAACGCCUACGGCCUGGAGAGCUCCCGAACCCCGUCCUACGUCAGCUCCUCCUUUGGUGGAGUCAAGGCUAGCAGCGGUUCUGCCGCUGCUCUCGAGGGAGCAGCGUUGAAGAGCACCACAGUCACCAAGACAGAAAGUGUGGUGAUCAAGACUGAGGAGAAGAAGAAGGAGGAGGAAGAGAAGGAAGGGUUGCAGCAGCAAGCAGCAAAUGAGGAGCUUGCUGCUGUGCAGAUGAAGGAGCAGGUGGAGGCUGAAGCUGUGGCUGAGGAGUGAUGUUUUUUUCCUGUUUUGUCCUGAUUUGUGGUUUUGGUCUUGGAGGUUAAGAAAAAGCAUACCUACUCUGCUUUAUUAUCCAUUUCUUUAAUGAUUCAAUCAACAAGGUGCCUUCACCAAAUAACGAGAGUGUUUCUAGUGUAAGAGGCGUAAACACAACUUUCCUUCAGAUAUCCUUACAGAGGUGCUAAUGGAUGGGUCUUUGUUUAGGUUACUGAAAACUCUUGUGGCUUAAUAAGUUCUUUACUGUCAACUGUAGACUGAGUUGCUACCCGUGGUUCAGUGAUCGCCGCUCCACACUUGUUUGGCCAGCAGGUGGCACUAUUGUAUGUGUUUUCCUUUUCUGCUCCAUCUUGUCGUUUGACCAACUCAAAGCACUGCUUUCACAGCAACGUGUAAUUCACAGUGUAAUAGAAUUCUGCUGAUCGGAGGAAUUUGGGGGACAUAAACAUUGCCAUGCUGAACUCCUUAUGCUAAACCUGCUGUACCUAAACAGUCACAAAAGUCUUCAUGACUUCUACUUAGAAAAAACCUUUUUCGGUGUGCUACUGUUGGCAACACCUGAUGUCCUGUUUACUCAACAAUAAAUGUUCUUCAAACAGUG